AUGUCGCUACUCUCCAAAAACAGAUCUCCCUCGAUUGGGUCUUCUCACCAACGUCAGCCGUUAAAUGGAUUUUGCGCAUCUAACUUGUCUGCCGUAGCCUUGUGCUUCUGUUUUGUUCUCUUGCGUUACAGUCCUCUCUGGUUUCAUUACCGGAAAAAGGUGGCCACUGUCAAUAUUGAUUUGAUAAAGUUGCCGUUGUCCCGAGGAUGGCGGCGCGAAACGACAGUUCGUAACAUAUCGGCCACCGGAGUGCGGGGUGAAGUCAUGUACUAUGGUCCUUGUGGCAAGCGCAUGUGUUCGUACGCUGAAAUAAUCAAAGUAAGUUGCGAUCUAUUGUUUUGGAACGACUUAAUCGUAAUACUCAAGAUUAUGCUCAAUCUAACGAUCGUACAGUUCAGAACAGACGCUGUCUUCCCUAUAAAAGAGAAACUUAUAUGGUUGUCUUAUAAGGUUGCUCGACUGGCGUACAUGAACAAAGUGAGGCAGUUACGACAGCCGGUCGAAGAUCUGGAAGUUGAUGACGUGAAAUCGUUGCCACGGUUAAAAAGGAUCAAAAAUUUGCGUUUGAGUGGUCGUGCGUUCGCUGACCUAUUGAUGGUCGUCGAGUUUAUCAACACCUUCGGCUCGGUGUUGAAAGUUGACAAGUCGGAAAUACCGUCGAUCGACGCGCUUCACGCAGCCCUGCUCAAUGACUCGGAACAUGAGGAAUCACUGCGCAGUCUGACGAAGAUUCUGUUGACGCUGGUACUCGAGUACCCGAGUUUGUCAAAUGGCUGCCAGACCAAAAUGUUCACCGGCCAAGCGUUACGAGACAUCUGUGUCAACAACAGCAACAUGAGCGAGCUGAUUCGGCUGUUUCUCUACGCGCGUGACGAAAACGGUCAAAAGUUCGGACGUCUGUUGGACGACCAUGAAUUCGACACGCUCUCUGGUGAAGACAAGAUCUCCAUCCUUGCCUACAUGACCAAUGAGCUUCUCUACUGCAGGAACGUCGUACGCGAAAUCGAGAACAACAUUGAAGUCGUAGCGAAACUUAAGGGUGACAAGUGGUCAUAUGAAAGUCGCAUUCGAGCGUAUGAUUUGUUUGUUUUACUUUCAUUUGCUUUAAAUUUGAAUCUUCUCAUGGAAAUAUAUCUUCUCGUACUAUUUAGUUUGCGCCACGCCCAUGCCCGAAAGACAGAACAUCCUCAGGACGAGACUUCGACCAGCACAGAAAUUGCCAACGUCGAGGCACCGAAGAAGCCAAGCGACGAUAAUGAGACUGAGACCGAGGCGAAAUGGAGUCAGGAUAAUUCAGAUUGUAAAAUAAAUUAUAAAUGCCAUAUUCCGUUUUUUCAGGAAGCCGGCGAAGUGCGCCGUGAAAUCAGUCGCACGAUUUUGAAAAUUCGGUCCCUUCCGUGCGGUCAGGACCGUUUUCUGAGGUACUACUGGGUUCUGCCGAACACGGGUGGCGUUUUGGUGGAAUCAGUCGAGUCUUCUGCACCUGGCAAUCCGGCCUGCAGUCUGACGAGUUUGCACUACUUACAGUCGUUGCAGUCGUGUGAAGUCGCUGAUUGUCGCGAGUUCUAUGACGAUGACCCGCCGUUUGACGACCUGGCGAAGGGUUGGUGGAUUUUGAAGAACGGCGAGGAGCUGGACAAGGUCCAUCAGGCAUUGACUCCACGAGGCAUCCGUGAGCGGCUGUUUAACAGGUCUUUUGCCAAGCACGGCGACCUAUUCAAGGAAAACGCGUUUGGUGAUGCCAAAAGGAUGUUAAACCUGCAUCCGCCUCCGGUUAGAAUAUUUUACAUGAAAAAAUCGUGUGCAGUCUUGAAGCCCUUGUCAUUAUGUUUUCUCUCGCGAUUACUAAUCGCAGUUAUAGACAAAUCCAACAGCAGUACGUCCAGUGCAAAUAAUGCCCAGAACUCUGCCUCCGAUGUGCCGACGGCCUUGGCCACAUGGCGAGCAGGUGUUUCGAAUGCAACCUCCGCCUCUCAGCUGUCGAUGUGUAUCGAUUCGUUGGAUUCAAGAAUCGCAUGGGAGAAAUCGGCUAUGAAAGCCUCAUGCCAAAUUUGUCGAAGUGGUGAAAACGAGUCUCAACUACUUUUGUGCGAUGGAUGUGACAUGGGGUAUCACAUGUACUGCUUUAAACCUCAAAUGGAGAACGUUCCAGACACUGACUGGUACUGCCCUGUUUGCAUUUCUGACUCGUUACGACCUAUGAUUCGAUGUUCGAUGUGCAGGCGAGAGUACCACAUCCAUUGUUUGAGCACGAAUGUACCGAAAUCGCCCAAGAAAGACUGGAUCUGUCAAGGGUGUGAAAAUGUACUACCGAACUGUCGCGAACUGAUCUCUUUAAACUCCCAUCGUGAUUCCUGGCCUUUUAAAUCUCCUGUGGAUACAAAACUUUUCCCUCUGUAUAAGAAAGUGAUUAAGAAGCCGAUGGAUUUAUCAACCAUUCGUUCGAAGCUGCUGAAUCACAAGUAUUCCAAAAACGAAGAUUUCCUAAAGGACGUUCAUCUUAUAUUCGACAACUGUUCCACGUUUAACGAAGACAGUUCUCCUGUCGGAAUUGCCGGAUAUUACCUCAGAGAAUUUUUUAAAAAUCGAUGGAGUGAUCUCGAUUCGCGUCCCUUUAAAGAACUCCGUCGCUGA